AUGACUUCCAUCUCCCUUCCUGCUCCCGAUGGCCACGGGCCCAUGCCACUGCUCCAUCCACAGCCCCUGGCUGGCUGCCGAACUCCCCACCCCCCACCGCUUAUCAUUCUGGCCCUAGCCAGGCUUGAGCCAGAGGAGUUCUCUGAGAGAAAAAGUAACGUCACUGACGUGGCACUGGAAGGUCCCAUUUCCACUGCGUUCUAUGAGUUUAAGGGUGAUCCCUUCCCUUGGCUGAGCCAAGAAGAAAGCCCUUCUGUAGAUGUGGUCGGGUUCCGGAUGAGGGAGACCAAAGAGAAUGGGGACGUCUUUGAGGUCGAACCAGAGGUAGUGGAAGCAUUUAUCCUUAGAAAAAACCUGAAGGAAGCUGUCUUUAAUCUCACUGUGGGACCAGAUAAAGACCUCCUCAAAAUGACUACAGGAGUCUUUAAUUUUGUGGUGAAUGGAGGCUACAAGGAGGUAUUCAUCCACAUCAUCACGGAAGUGAAAGUCCUGUUCAAGGUUUUGAUCUACGUGGGCAACAAUAUCACCCAUACGCUCCCCAUCGCCUCUUUCUUAGCGCCCCCUGACAUGUCGCCGGUGGCCAAUGAGAGCGCUCUGUUUGAUUCCGCCUGCAAAGUCAAGGUCCCUUACCUCAUCUGCCUCAGUGAGUCUCUGCUGCAGGCCACCGCCCGAGGCAGCGUCUCUGCCAAGUGGCACAUCUCCGUGGUCUUGCAAUCCCCCUAUAUCGUCAUGAAGCCCAAUGACAAACUAGUGAGGAUUUCCAUUUUCACGGCACAGUGUCUGAACAUGGAUGGCGUUCAACAAGAGUGGGGAAAGGAGGACUGCGCAGUGGGGGACGGGAGCAGCUGGUGGCGCGUGCACUGCAUCUGUCACCUCAAGCCCGAGCCCAUCAAGGAGACCAAGCCUAGCGAGCCCUGGCUCCACGGUUCCAGGAUCAAAUACCUGACUGCCCGCAUGGUGGUGAUCCCCAACAGCAUUGACCUGCGCAUGGACAUUAUCCGGACCCUCCCCCAAAACCCGGUGAGCCUCUUCACCGUGAUCUUCAUCAUUUUCACCUACUUGGUCCUGGCUUUCUGGGCGAUGCACAAAGAUGAAACGGACAAGUUUCUCCGCGAACACGUGAUCGUCCUGCCUGACAACGACCCUUACGAUCACAUUUGCUACCUGGUCACCUUCUACACGGGGAGCCGCCUGGGCGCCGGCACUCGGGCCGACGUCUUUCUCCAGCUCCUGGGGACAGAGGCGAACAGCGACGUGCACUGCCUGAGUCAUCCCGACUUCACCACCUUCUACAGGGGCAGCACCGACACCUUCUUGACCACCCGAAGUGACCUGGGGAGCAUCCGGGCCAUCCGGGUGUGGCACAACAACGAAGGCAGCCGUCCCAGCUGGUACCUGAGCAGAGUCAAGGUGGAAAACAUCUUCAACCGGCACAUCUGGCUCUUCCUCUGCCGCUCGUGGCUGUCGGUGGAUGCGCUGGAGCAGGCCUUCGAGGUGGCGGACAAGACGCAGCCCCUCAGCAGGAAGGACUACUUCCUCAUCCACGCCUCGGACCUGCUCGGCACCAGCCACCUCUGGCUGUCCGUCUUCGCUAGCGUGGUCACUGGGCCCUUCAACCGGCUGCAGCGGCUGUCCUGCUGUCUGACUAUACUACUGAGCACGCUGCUCUGCAACAUCAUGUUUUUCAACAGGGACGAGGAGGGAGAGGUCAUGCCUGUGGAGCUGAAGCACCUGCGGGGGCUGAUGAGAGGCAUCGAGAGCGCCCUGGUCUGCGAGCCGCUGCGGAUGGCGUUAAGUGCUCUCUUUACCUACUCCCAGAAGGAAGUCGCUGCGGUGCCUACCGCCCACGUGGCUCCUCGCCUUCCCCUCAUGAAGUCGGACUUCCGAAACUGGAAGGAGCGCCUGGAGAUGUGGUACUACCGUGAGACGGCCCUCCCGCAGACUCGGGGCCAGGGCGCCCCCACAAAAAAGCAGGCCCCGGGGAACAACUUGAUGCUUCCUGAGGCAGCAGCCAAUGCCAUCACAGAAACAAAGGGGAAGCCCCCCAACUCUGGCCUCCAGCACGCAGCAGUUUCCGCAGAACAGAAAGCUGCCCCCAAAGCCUGCUACUCCAGCGAGGGAGGCCACCGACAGAAAAGAUCAGACCUCAGAGAGGCAGGGGGUGGAUCCUUGAGUUCAUCACCCUCCGAUGUAGGAGAACAGGGGUCAGAUAAAGACCGAAAAGUCGAGGGUCCAUCAAGCGAACCACCACGAGACAGGCACAAGCAAGUGAUGCUCUUUGAAGCCAGGCCUCACUUUGUCCUCCACCGGUGGUGCCUCUACGUGGCCUGGCUCCUGGUCAUUGGCAACGCAGGCGUGUCCUCCUUUUUCAUCAUCAUGUAUGGACUGACAUACGGAUACCAGAAAUCCAUGCAAUGGCUGCUUGCCUCUGUGUACUCCCUGUGCCAGUCCAUAUUUGUGAUCCAGGUGGCCAAGAUCCUGCUCACAUCGGGCAUCAAGGCAAGCAGAGCCAAGUACUGUAAGAACAUCUCCUGGACAACGAGGUACCAUUACAUCGAGAUCCGACUGCAGGGUGUCAACUUGGAUGCUGAUGAAACAAGAGAACUGCACCAUGAGAUCGUCCGGGUCCGUGGCACAAGAAUGUACCAACCCUUGGUGGAAGACGAAAUCAGAAUAUCGAGGAGGACGAGGAUUAAAAAGAGGGCCAUCGUGUUUCUGAGGAACAUUGUCAUCCACUUCGUCUUUCUCGGUCUCUUGUGCAUCACCUCCCUUGCUAGGCACUCCACAGAUCUCCACCAUAACCAGGCUGUCAGGAGUCAGUUCUCCAACCUCGAAAAGGUCAGAGAACUGAAUGACACCUUCAAGUGGCUCACCACUGUGUUGCUGCCCUUGGUUCACAACAGGCAGCAUCCAACUUUUCUCUCUAACAGCUGGUCCAGGAUUCUUGGCUUGCCGAGGAUGCGACAAGUGAGGUCCAAGUCUAUCAGAAAGGCCUGCUUCCUCUCCGGUACUGCGGCCAAUAGGUUAAUGGAAAAGGGCAUCCGUUGUCAACACCAAUACAGCUGGCUCAUGGAGGAUCGGAAAAACUAUGGCAGAUUUUGGACCACCCCCGCUGACUCUUCUGCUGGAUUCGAGGGCGUCAGCUUUACCUACGAGCCAAAGCUCAACAAAUGGGCCUAUUAUUCCUAUGGCCUGUCUCACCCUAUGGAAUCGGGGGGUACCCCGUUUUAUUUCUUCCCUAAUCAGCAGCAGUACAAUUCCACGAUAAGGCUGCAGGAACUUCAGGAGAGCCGGUGGCUCGAUGAAAGAACGUGGGCUGUGAUCCUGGAGCUGGCCACCUUUAAUUCGGAUGCCAGCUUAUUUUGUACCAUCUCUGUUGUAUUUGAAGUCUCCCCAUUGGGAGUCAUCAACCCCAGUUUGGCCAUCCACUCGUUCAGUCUGCCACUCUUCCAUGGGCGGAGUCAGCUUGAGCUUAUCUGUACGGAGCUUGCCACAGUGCUUCUGGUGGUGUACCUGGUCGAGGAAGUCAUCAUCAUCCACAAGGAAAAGAAGAACUAUUUCAGGAAUGGAUUCAAUGUCAUUAGCUUCGGCAUUAAGUCAAUGUUUCUCUUCCUAGUUUUGCUUCUCUACCUCCAAUUCAGGAUGGCCAAGAAAAUCCUUGCCUUUUACCUCAAGAACCCAGACAAUUAUCCCAUUCAUGCCAUUUCUCACGUGGAUCAGGUCCUUCGCAUCGCUCUGGGCUUUCCUAGCUUCCUGACCAUUCUGAAGACGCUGAUGUAUUCUAUCUUCUACGACGUGCGGCUGGCCCAGAGAGCAUCCUGGCAGGCCUUGCCAGGCAUCCACAUGGCCUUCCUGGUAGGUGUGUACAUCUUUGUGUACGUUGUCUUUGGCUACCUUGUGUUUGGCCAGCAUCAGUGGCAUUAUAGCAGCAUCAUUCACUCUACCAGACCAUCUUCUCCUACUGCGUUUCAGCCCUUCGAAGACACAGCAUUUUUAAACAAGGAGGUCCUGGGGGGCCUGUUCCUGUUCUCAUUUAUGCUGGUGAAUUGUGUCUUAAUCAACCUCUUUCAGGCUGAUGUCUCUGCCUAUGAGGAGAUGAAGCAGCUCGUGUACGAGGAGCCAGCAGCAGAAGUGGAGGCAGCAACCUACCUCUUUCACAAAGUGAGGAAUCUCUUCCGCUUCCUCACAUGCCGGGCACCUGCCCAGGAGGAGCCUGCCUACUUCACUGACAUCCUCUAUGGCCAUCCAGAGAAUAAAAGCUACCAGUACUUGGGGCUUAAAACCAGAAACAUCAAUGGGAAGAGGAUGACUAUGUGGUAUGAAGCAAAGGUGCUCAAGAUGGUGGCAGGAGUUGCCUUCCUCUUCCUCAGGGUGCCUUAUGGCUUCAUCUAG